UUGUUAAUUUUUUCUGUUAUUUUUCUCUAUUUCGCGUGAAAUUCUUAUUCUACGUGUUUUGUGGUUGUUGAGUCUACCUGACGAUACCGAGACAAACGAUCACGAUGUUGUUAUUGACUAACGAAAGCGGUCUUUUCGGACUUCUCGCGAAGCUGUCGAUAUGGACUGUACUUUCAUUAUCUGCAUAUGUAAGUGACAAAUCCUUCAUCUUGAGCUCAAUACUGAUACAGAGCAGCUCAUUCUCCUCACAAUUUACCGCCUAACUUUACAUCCACUGGCAAGAUAUCCAGGACCGUUCCUCGCCAAGAUUACAGACUGGUACUCCGUCUACCACGCGUGGAAGGGCGAUAGACACCUGGAAUUUUGGAGAUGUCACGAGACGUAUGGACCAGUCGUGAGAUUCGGACCGAACAGUUUGUCGAUUAACACCAACUCCGCUUUGAAGACCAUCUACGGCCACAAAUCAAACGUCAAGAAGUCCCAAUUCUAUUCCGUCUUCCCGCCCACGAAAGACACAUUCAACACCCACAGCUCCAUCGACAAGGCCAGCCAUGCUCGCAAGCGUAGAGUCUUGUCCCAUGCAUUCUCGGACAGUGCGAUCAAGAACAUGGAGAAGUACAUCCUAGCAAACGUUCGAACAUUCUGCUCUAAGCUCGGUGCCAAGCCCGCAUUGGUCGAGAAGAAUGGAGUCAAGGGCCAGUGGAGCGUUGCACAGAAUAUGGCAGACUGGGCUAAUUAUUUGACCUUUGAUGUCAUGGGAGACUUGUGUUUCGGGAAGGCGUUUGAGAUGUUGGAGCACGAGGAGAAUCGCCACGUGAUCGACCUGAUUGGAAAUGCGGCGCACAUGCAUUUGAUCCUUGGAACAAACCCUAGCAUCAAAACCCUCGGCCUGAACAAAGUCCUCUUCAGCAAGAUUUACAACAUGAGAAUGCAAUAUAUGGCGUACAGCAAGGCACAAGCCGGAGAACGCACCAAGGUCGGACUCGACACUGAUCGCAAGGAUUUCUUCUACUACCUCCUCAAUGCUCGCGAUCCCGAAACUGGAAAGGGAUUCACUGGUCCUGAGCUCUGGGGCGAGAGCAAUCUCCUGAUCAUUGCUGGCUCCGACACGACAUCAACUGCACUUGCUUCAGCAUUCUUCUACCUGGUCCACAAUCCAUCCACGCUCGAGAAGCUCUGCGAGGAAGUCCGUUCGACAUUCUCAGAUCUUGAGGAGAUUCAUUCGGGCCCUACCUUAAAUUCAUGCGCAUACCUCCGUGCCGUGAUCGAUGAAGCAAUGCGCCUUUCUCCACCUGUGGGAGGCAUUCUUCCCCGCGAGGUUAUGCCCGGCGGACUCGAUAUCGACGGCAUGCACAUCCCAGCUGGCGUUGUUGUUGGAACCCCACAUUACGCAUUGCACCACAACCCAGAUUACUACCCAGCACCUUUUACAUUUAACCCGUCUCGUUGGAUCGCAGAAUCGUCUCUGGAGGUCACCAAGGACACUGUUGCAGUGGCACAAUCGGCGUUCUGCCCUUUCAGUGUGGGACCGAGAGGUUGUAUUGGAAAGGGGCUUGCGUAUGCGGAGCUCAUGACGAGCUUAGCGAGAACGGUGUUUAUGUAUGAUAUGAAAUUGGCUGAUGGCACAAGCGUUGGUGAGGGAAGGCCAGAAUUGGAGUGGGGGAGACAGAGGAAGGAAGAAUACCAGUUGAAGGAUUCAUUUACGAGUCUGAAGGAUGGCCCGUAUGUACAGUUUCGGGAGAGGCAGUAGUGAAAUGGUGGGAGGCCAGAUUGCGUAAAUGGUGUUUCAUGGCUGGCGUUCGGAUAUGGAACAAAUUGUCAAUAAAAUCAUGAACAUAAAUAAAAAAUUACAAAUACAUACAAAGGCAAAAACAGCCGCCAUCUAUCCC